AUGUUGCGGUGUCUUGUGGUGUUAGUUUGUACAGUAUCGGCUUUAGCGGGUCAGUCCCCUAAUGAUGCGUUUGUCGAAGAUCUAGUCGAGUUUUAUAAUGACGGACGAUUUUCGGACAAUAUACAAGAAGAUGCUUCAUUGGACGUGCCAGAACUUGUGCGUAAAUACGGAUAUCCGUUGGAGGAGCACACGGUGGAAACAUCUGAUGGCUACAUUUUAACCAUGCAUCGUAUUCCACACGGGCGGGAAGCAAACAAUGAUGCAGGACAAAGACCAGUUGUUUUCUUGAUGCAUGGCCUCCUUAGUUCCUCUGCUGAUUUUGUCUUGAUGGGUCCUGGAUCUGGUUUAGGGUACAUUUUAGCAGAUGAAGGCUAUGAUGUGUGGAUGGGCAACGCUCGUGGUAACUACUAUUCUCGUAAACAUUUAAAAUUACGUCCCGAUGCGUUAUUAAACACAGAUUUCUGGAAUUUCUCAUGGGAUGAAAUAGGGAACAUAGACGUAGCAGCUAUGAUAGAUCGUGCCUUGGAGACCACUGGAAGAUCUCGUUUGCAUUACAUUGGAUUUUCUCAAGGCACAACUACUUUCUUUGUUUUGGCAUCCCUAAAGCCUGAAUAUAAUGAUAAGAUUAUAUCCAUGCAUGCUUUAGCGCCUGUCGCUUUCAUGGCAAAUAACAGGAAUCUUCUGUUAAACGCUUUGGCACCUUUUUCUAGGAGUUUAUCGAGAUUAGCAAAUCUAAUUGGAAUUGGCGAGUUUAUGCCAAACAGACUUAUCUAUACAUGGGCUGGGGAAGCAUUUUGCAAAGAUGAAGCUCUAUUUCAACCGAUUUGCAGCAGUAUUCUAUUCUUGAUCGCAGGUUGGAAUGAGAAUCAACACAAUACGACAAUGAUGCCUGUUGUUUUCGGCCACACUCCAGCCGGGGCGUCGGUAAGGCAAUUCGCCCACUAUGGACAGGGUAUAUCUGGCAACAAAUUUCGUCGUUUCGACCAUGGUAUGACAAAAAAUUUGCUCACGUAUGGCAGAAUCAGCGCCCCGGAUUACGAUUUGAGGAAAAUAACAACACCUGUGUUUUUGCACUACUCAAGUAGUGAUCCCUUGGCCCACGUAAAUGAUGUGGACAAAUUAUGGUCAGAACUGAAAAACCCUGUUGGAAAAUUCAAAGUUCAAGAAAACACAUUCAGCCAUUUGGAUUUCAUGUACGGAAUCGAUGCAAGGGCCUUGGUUUAUAAUAGAGUUAUCAGUUUCCUACAUGUUAUGGAUGCUUUGGAAGUCUAA